AGUUGUCGGCCGGCCGGCGCCGUGGAAGGUAGGGGUGUGCGAGAACAGGUGACGUGACCAGAGGGACGCGACUGCCGCAGUGACAGCGGAGGGGACUGCACCGUGCCGGUACUGUGCGAAAUGUGCUGCACUGGUGUCCGCUCCUGAUCUGACCAGGUCACGGCGACGGGUCGGCCCGGGUCCAGGUGCCGGAAAUCGGGUCAUCUCGGCGCACGGGACGGGAGGCUAACGGGACGACCGGCGAGUCACAACAGGGACGAAGGGCGGCCCCGCCCGGCCGGCACGCGCGGCCACAGACAUGGAGAGAAGUCAGGACACCAUCGACACCGAGACGUUCAACAGCCAGGACUUCAUAGAGUACCUGAACGAGUACCGCUUCGUCAGUCUGGACGGCGCCGAGGACCCUACUGACGAGGAGAACCCGCCCGAGGACGGCGAGGAGGAGGCGGAAUGGCUGCGUCAGGCCGGCUUCGGCUCCCUCCUGACGGCUCUGGAGCCCACCUCGGAGUCGGGAGACACCGAGUGGGAGGGCUUCGUCACCCUCUCCCACAGACAGGCGGCCGUGGUGAAGCGGCGACUGCACGUGCUGCGGGACACGGCCCAGAAGCGGCGCGGUCAGCGCAGCCGGCGGCCCGACAUGCGCCGUCUGUUCCCCUCGGAGGGCAGCGGCAGCACGGGCUCGCGCAGCCGGUCCGCCACGCCCGACUCUCUGGACCCUCUGUCUCCGCCUCUGACUCCGCCGGACACGGCCGGCAGACUGCAGGCGGGCUCUCCAAACAGCCAGGGCUACCACAGCAGCUCCAGAGGGUCACUGGACAGACUGGAGGGCGCGGGGGAGGAGGAGGAACGCGCCUCAGGUGUACCCGAGUUCCGGCACGUCCUGCGAAUUCCGUUGGACUCGGAACCGCGGGACCUCAGGUCGGAACAAUCAGAAAAAUCACUUGAUCAUCGGCCACGCUCGCCGGAUAAGUCACGUGACCACCGGUCAGAGCCACCGGAGAAGUCACGCGACCGGCAUCGAGCAUCCUCGAAUUCAUCACGUGACCGAGGUCGUCGGGAGGCGGCCCGGUCACGUGACCGUCGUCCGGAGCCGGUGCGUCGCCUGCGCUCUGCGCGCGACCAGCCGGACCGCAGCCGACGGCCUCCCAUCACCCUGUUCGAGACCAGUGGCCGGUACGACCUGAGCAGGCAGGAGUCGUCGCCGUCAGACUCAUCAGGCAUCGAGACGGUCUCGUUCCAGUCGGUGGGCUCGGUGCGGCGUCCCCGGCGGCCGGUCGCUCCGGCCCCUGUCCGGCCUGCAGAGGUGCCGGCCGUCCGCCACCCACCGGUCAGCAGGCGAGCCUCCACCCCUGCCGCCCCGACCAGCGCCGCCCCCGUCGCCCCCGCCGUCCGACCUGCGGUCUCCAGGACUGCCACGCUCUCCGUGGAAGAGCGGCUCGGCCGGACGCGGCUCUGCGACCUCUCUGAGUCGGACGUGGUGCGUGUGCAGAAGCUGGCGCUGCUAGAGCUCACCGGACUGUUUGACGAGCACGGCCUCAGCUACAGCCGCCGGAAGGCGCGCCGGCGUCGGCUCGGAGCUCGAUCCAGUGCCGAGGGCGCCGUGUUUGGUGCCUCGCUCGGCUCGCUGCUGAAACGUGACCUGCAGCGGCUGGCGCGCGCCCAGCCGGUGCCGCUCGUCUUUGAGACGAUCCUGACGCACCUGGAGCGGCACGGUGUGCGCGAGGAGGGCCUUCUGCGCGUGCCUGGCCACCGCGGUAAGACCGAGCAGCUGCGCCAGCUGAUCGACGAUCAGUUCUACAGCCACCCGGCGGCGGUGGAGGCGGCCCUGCGAGCCAGUAGCGCCAACGACGCGGCGGCGCUGCUGAAGCAGCUGCUGCGCCAGCUGCCGGCGCCGCUGCUCACCGACGAGAGUGUGGACGCGUUCUACCGGUCGGACGCGCUGCCGGCCGGUCCGGACCAGCUGCAGGCGCUCUCGCUGCUCUGUCUGAGACUGCCGCCGGCCAACCGCGCCCUGCUGCGGCGCCUGCUCGACUUCUUGGCCGCCAUCGCCGCCCACGAACGCACCAACAAGAUGUCGCUGGAGAACGUGGCCAUGAUCAUGGCGCCCAACCUCAUCCCGCCGGCCAGACGACGGCAGAAGGACAUCACGGCUGAGAUCCAGUUCGCGGCCGUGACGUCUCGCGUGGUGCGCCGGCUGGUGCAGCAGCGCGAGCAGCUGUGGCUGGUGCCGCCCCAGUUUGUGCGUCAGGUACGGCACCAGCACGAGGAGGAGCUGUACGAGCGGGCCCGACGCGACUCGGCUGGACCGAUGAAGAAGCUGCUUCGCCGCCGGGACACGGCCAUCGUGAGGAAAAUCGAUAACGAGGUGGACUUUCAGGAGGGAGUACUGCGCGUGUCGGCCGAUCAGUUCGGACGGCCCAGCUGGCCAGUCCGGCUGGAGGCAGACACCACCGCCGGAGACCUGGUCGCCAGCUGUCUCCGCGAGGUGGCGCUGCCGGACACCUCCUGUCGAGUUCGUCAGGAGCGGCGGCGUCACUCGACGGCGCCGUCACCGGAGGUCGGCACCGUCUGCAGCCUCAGACGGAGGGUGGACCUGGCGACGGCGCUGCAGACACACUUCCUGCACGAACACGGCGGAAACAUAGGCGAGCGGCGUCUGGAGCACUGCGCGGUGCUACUCGACUGCUACCAGGAGAACCCGAACGCCCGCUGGGUGGUACACUGCUGUCACGACCUGGAGGCCCCAGCCGACCCGAGGACGGCCGGCCCUCCGCAAACACCCUCGAGCCAAUGAGUCGUCUCACUGGAAACUGGGUAGGAGCUGGAAGGUAUACGUUGGGUUUGAUGUUGAACGUGUUGUAUGUGGGAGGAUGGGACGGGAGUCAUUUGUCUGUGGAAAUGUCAUGUUAUGUCGUUAGAACUUAGAAGUGCUAGAUACUGGAGCUUUCAGAUGACCAGGAACUUUGAGGAGAUAACCAAGAUCUGGAUGAACCAGGAUUCACCAGACCAAGAUGCUCGAGUGUUUGAGUUUAUAUGGCUUUAAAAACGAAUGACGACAGGAUUGUCUAUCGUAAGUGGAAAUGUCACUGUAGCUUCAAUGAUACCGAGCUCAUUGUGUCUCGCAAGUAGCAAGACGAUAGAUUUGGAUUGAUGCUUUGGUUGUUAUUCUUUCAAGGUAUUCCUACAGCCAUCUUUCGAAAACGUGUAAAGUAUAGCUGCCCUGAAUAGCCAUGCGGGGAGUGGGUUUCGACGUUCUUGCCCCUGUUAUGUGGACUUGGUUUGGUCUGUACCGUCCGGUGUGUUUAGCCAUCGAAGGACGCAGCGGUCCAAUGCUAUUGAGACAGACCGUCAUUAGGUUGGUGUCUUGUGUUCGCUGUGGCUUUCAUUGCGCGGUGUUGAUGCAAUGCUAACGGUGACCACUCCUGGCCCUCGGGCCGUUGUGAUUUCGUGAUGAGUGGUUUUACCAUCGACAUGUUAUCUUGGUGGGGUGUGUGUUAUGGGGCUCAGUUGACAAUAUACACGCUGCUCAAAGAUAAAUGCU